GAAGUUACAACUGUUCUUCAGAUAUUAUGGCUCCCAAAGUUGCAGGAAAGAAAGGCGAGAAGAAAGCCGGAAAGGCAAAGGCAAUUGCUGCUGACGGAAAGAAGAAGAGGAGAGGAAAGAGAAGGGAAAGCUAUGCUAUCUACAUCUACAAAGUGUUGAAGCAAGUUCACCCUGACACUGGUAUCUCCAGCAAAGCUAUGGGCAUCAUGAACUCGUUCGUCAACGACAUCUUCGAGCGCAUUGCUACCGAAGCUUCCCGCCUAGCUCACUACAACAAGAAAUCGACUAUCAGCUCCCGUGAGAUCCAGACAGCCAUCAGGUUGCUUCUGCCCGGCGAACUGGCGAAACACGCCGUCAGUGAAGGAACAAAGGCUGUGACCAAGUACACUAGCAGCAAGUAAACUCACUUUGUGGGUUUCCCGCCAAAACAAACGGCUCCUUUAGGAGCCACCAAAUGUUAUGAAAGUCUGACCAACGAACGAACGUAAAAAGUUUUAAAAGUCGUAAAACAACAAUGCAUUUUAUCAUUCCUUCUAUAUUUCCUAUUUUCAUUCUUGUAUCACUGUUUCGGUGUGAACGAAUGAAAUUUAAAACAGAUUUGAGUAGUUGGAACCUGCAACAUCAAUGAUUAGUAAAUUACUAAUUUUAGGAUCACUAGCCCUGUGUGCAGACUGUAAUUUAGCUUACAGGACAAACAUUGACAACGAGCAUUCUUUCUUUUUAGGUGAAGUCCGUGGCGCGAUUAAAAAAAACAGCGAAUAAAAAGUGAGGCGCUUUUUGUCGUGCG